AUGGCCUCACGCGAUCACAUUCUCCAGUUGAAGAAAACUACUCCACCAACUACCAAACAACCCACAUUCAUUUCGAUUCGAGAUGCACCAGAAGCAUCACAUUUUGGAAUGAACGAGGUAGCAUGCCUCGUUUUCGGCGCCCAACGAUUUCAUGUGACAUCGGGAUUGAAUGCGUGUUUUGGAGUGUUUCUGGUGUCUCUGACAGCCACCGUAUCUGCGCAUAUUCCUCCACGCCCAGACCUCCAAGAUCCAGACCCGCAGGCUGGCGACAAGAAUCUGCUCGCCAAAAUGCACGAGUUCGCUAGUCUUUACAAGGCGAAUGAAAAGCAUUUCACCUCGUACCAUGUUGCCUUGAUCUGCGCCAGAUUCGAAGGGAAGGCUGCAUUACCGGACAAGAGGGACUUUAUCGUGAAGUGUCUUAAGAGAUUCAAUGUCGAUUUUCCCAUCCAAUACUACGACGUCAAGUUUGCUCGCGAGCCACGCUCCGAGAAGCAUGGCACGGCCUUUGUGGACGGCGGGCGUAUGGACGGCGCGGUCCUCUAUCUUGAGGAUGACCCUGUCCUACGGGUACACAAGUCUUCAGAUCGAGGCAGUCAAUCGGCAACUCCGCAAGAAACCCACCAUGCGAAUCCGAUAUUCCCCCGCCCUUGCACAAUUCCACCAGAUGCACACGCAACGGAUCAACCUAGCGACCAAGGCAAAGAAGGUCGAGUCGUGGAAGGCCCAUCAGGGUCCGCGUCUAUCAGAGCCGAGGAAUUGGAAAAGGCUACAAUUAAGGGCAAUACUGUCCUCGCUUGUAAGAAAGUACCGGUUGUAUACCGACUUAUGAUGCUGCUGAUAACGAGAAGAGGGGAAGACAUGGGAGUGGAUUCGAGAAGUUUGUCGUUCUUUCGCCGAUUGGAACUACCUAUUUCCUCUGUAACAUGA